AACUUGUGUCUGUUUUAUUGAUGAUACCAAAAGAAAAAAGAGUAAGUAAAACCCAAAACUCAUUGUAUCUACGGUUUGCAGGUACGUCGAGGGGAUUAGAGAAAGAAAAUCUUUCAUGUUAUAUUUCGUGACCCGAGAAAGCGAGACUGCUUCUGGGAUACUGGUCAGGACUAUGAUAACUUGUGUUUUGAAAAGCUUGAAGCCAUCUAACUCUUUUAUCUGUGUACUCUUGACAAGGUACCUUCAAAACAAUUUCAAAGCUUGCAUGUUAAAGUUAAAUGCAAGAUCUUGACUUGAAGUUCAGAGGAAACUUGAAAUCUAGCUCCGGUACUUCAGGAGGAGUUCCAAAGUUAAUUCCUUUGACAACAGAGGAUUUGGAACAGAGGAUUUCGUUUUCUUCUCUUUAUGCACCUCUACUCAACAAGCACAUCGAUGGGCUUAGCGAAGGAAAAUCUCUCAUAUUUUAUUUUGUGACCCGAGAAAGCAAGACUGCCAAUGGGUUGAUGGUCAGGACUAUGGUAACUAGUUUUUUGAAAAGCGUUAAACCAACCAGUUCAUUUCUUUGGGAUCGAUUACAGAUAAGCCCGCACGCGAUUACGACUUGUGCAGACACUACUCAGAGCAUCACGGGUACUUCAGGAGGAGUUCCAAAGUUGAUUCCUCUGACAGCAGAGGAAUUGGAACAGAGGAUAUUGUUUGGAUUUCUCUAUGCACCUCUAGUUUUCAAGCACAUUGAAGGACUUACCCAAGGCAAAUCUCUCAUGUUUUAUUUUGUGACCCGAGAAAGCGAGACUGCCUCUGGAUUGAUGGUCAGGUUUAUGAUAACUUGUGUUUUGAAAAGCGUGAAUCCAACCAACUCAUUUCUUUGGGAUCGAGUUGUGAAAGACCGUCAAGAAGCUGGCCAUGUUCCCGCAGACCCUGUGGUGGUCGAUCUCGUCGAUGUUAAAAUUGGCCAUGAUUAUGAACUUCUUGUCACAACGUUUUCUGGUCUAUAUAGAGGCUCUUCUGUGAGUCAGUAUAAGACUCCAAGGUCAGUGACGUAUGAAGAAGCCUUGAAGAUAUUGGAGUCCAACGUUGUUUCCAAGUUUCUUAGCCGGAAAAAUCCGUCGUGGGAGCUACAUGAGCUACAUUCCAGCCGUUAAAACGGCCGUUACAUAAUGUGUGAGACUUGAAGAAAGGGUAAUUAAUAAU